AUGUGGAUUUUGUGUUUGGCUCUUCUCGUUUCCGUUCGUGCGGACGGCGUUGCGGCGAAAGCUGAAGCGUCUCCCAUGGGUAGUUCCGGCUCUGGGGCCAUUUCCGUUUCCGUUUCCGACAUUUCGUCCGAUCACCACGACACCUCGUUGCAUUACCAACUCCGCCUGGAAAACCUGUGCUUCAAACUGCGAGCCAACUUGCGCCAACCAGCGACCGCCCAACGUUGCCAGUGCAACAGUGGAUACUACCGUAAUGUCGUUGGCGGCUGCGUCCCGCUUUCCCAAUGUCCUCCCGUCUGCCCGACAAACUCGUCCUACAACUCCUGUGGCUCAAGCUGUGAACGUACUUGUGCCCAGCGGAAUCCGAUUUGUCCGGCUAUCUGCGGCCCCGGAAAGUGCAUGUGCAAUGCCGGAUACUCCCGUAACACGGCCGGCAACUGUAUCCUCGAGCGGGAUUGCCCCCCGACUUGCCCGGGAUUCUCGACCUGGCAGACAUGCAGCAGCUACUGUGAGCCGACAUGCACAAAUCCAAAUCCGGUCUGCAAUCGUGCCUGUGCUCCGGCAAAGUGCCAGUGUAAUCCGGGAUAUUACCGUAGCCCGAGCGGACUAUGUGUCCAGUGGAAUCAGUGCUGUAGGUUCAAC